ACCUUAACAGUGCUCGAAUAUUUUCCAGGAAAAAUAAUUUCCUACUGUCCCGCCAUUAAAAAGGUGCACUGAAUGGUCAUCAGUACUAUUCAGUAGUACUUCACACUAAGAAAUUGAAGAUUUCGAUAACUUCCUAAAAUGGAGCCAUUGAGAAAAUCUUUGAGAUCAUACUGUUCUAAUGCAAAACAGCAACAAGGCCCUGAAGAGCAACCCCUCCUGAUUCACUCCAACAACAGUGAUACGGUAGAGUCAGUUGAUGCUCGCGAGCAGAGCGAAGGAGAGGUAGUUGUCAACAUAGACAGUAACGAUGCUGCUGCUGCCAGAGAAAAUGGGAACACCUCAAAGGUUCGACAACCUUCAGGUUCAUCUAAGAAAUCCAAAGUUUCCUUUCACGAAGUGCUGACCGAAGCUGUGCGGCAGAAGGGCAAGGACUUGCCAGGCCAAAGUGAAGCACGCCAAUGGUCUUUCGGUUCUGGGGUAGGACAGUUUUCGAGGUGUGAUUCAAAAGAUUAUCUUCGGCAGAACUCAUGGAGGCAACUGGUGAACAAAACCAAGUCUAGGUUGCUUGACCCAGUUGAGAACCGAUAUGGAAGAAGCUACUCCGAAGAAGAAGAGUUCAACGAAAACAAUCAUGACGAGGAAGACAUGGAAGACAAUCCGGAUGAAUAUAAGGCACUGAAAUUCAGCGCAUUGACAAUACUUCAAUGGUUAAGUCUGGUUCUAAUUAUAGCAGCCUUAGUUUGUAGCGUCCUCAUCCCUGGUCUCAAAAGACUAAUGCUUUGGGAUCUUCACUUAUGGAAAUGGGAGAUAAUGGUUUUGGCAUUAAUUUGUGGACGACUCGUUUCGGGUUGGGGAAUUCGGCUAGUUGUGAUCUUUAUCGAGCGCAAUUUUCUUCUGCGGAAACGAGUUCUGUAUUUCGUUUACGGAUUGAGGAGGCCUGUUCAGAAUAGCCUCUGGUUGGGUCUGGUAUUGCUUGUGUGGCAUUGGAUAUUUGAUGAUAAAGUCCAGAAGGAGACCAACAGCAAGGUUUUACCCUACGUGACAAAGAUUAUCAUAUGUUUCUUGGUGGCUACAUUGAUAUGGCUCGUCAAAACCCUCCUUGUUAAGGUCCUCGCUUCAUCAUUCCAUGUAAACACCUUCUUUGACAGAAUCCAGGAAGCUCUUUUCAAUCAAUAUGUCAUUGAGAUGCUCUCUGGUCCACCCUUUUUCGAUAUAAAUAGCAUCGAACAAGAGGAAGAGGAUAACGUAACCGAGAACGAGGAGUCACAAAGGACUGAGGCAGAAGUAGGAAGUGGGAAACAACAAAAAACCAGUGUAGUUGAGAAUGAUCCAAGAACUCAGAGGAGAAUAUCUAAGAGGAAAGUUGAUGGUAUCCAACUCGACCACCUUCGUAAGCUGAACCAGAAGAAUAUAUCAGCUUGGAAUAUGAGGAGGAUGAUUAAUAUGGUCAGCGGCGGACACUUGACUACCCUGGAUGAGCAGAUACUCCACUCCGAGAAAGAUGAUGAAUCUUCAGUGCAGAUUACAAGUGAAUGCCAAGCAAACGAAGCAUCUAAGAAGAUUUUCCAGAAUGUUGCUAAGCCAGAUUCUCAAUACAUUUACCUUACAGACAUCAUGCGGUUUAUGGGUCGAGAUGAAGCUUUAAAGGCAUUGAAUCUCUUCGGAGCAGGAACGGAAGAAGAAGGAAUCAGCAGGGCAUCACUCAACAAUUGGCUGGUGAAUGCCUUCAGAGAUCGAAAAGCACUCACAUUGUCCCUAAAUGAUACAAAAACUGCCGUCGAUGAACUCCACAACAUGUUGAACAUAGUAGUAGCCAUUAUCAUUGUCAUAAUCUGGCUCAUGAUACUCGGCAUCCCUGUGGCCCACUUCCUCGUUUUCGUAAGCUCACAACUUCUGCUGGUGGUUUUUAUCUUCGGGAAUACAUGCAAGACAGUGUUUGAAGCAAUCAUCUUUCUAUUUAUAAUGCAUCCAUUUGAUGUUGGCGACCGCUGCGAGGUGGAUGGAAUGCAGAUGGUAGUUGAGGAAAUGAAUAUAUUAUCCACAGUGUUCUUAAGACAUGACGGCCAAAAGCUCGUAUAUCCGAACAGCGUGUUGUCUACCAAGCCUAUUGGCAACUUCUAUCGAAGUCCAGACAUGGUCGAAACAAUCGAAUUUUGCAUCCACGUUUCAACUCCAUCGGAGAAGAUUGCCAACAUGAAAAAAAGAAUUACAGGGUAUAUCGAGAGCAGGGAGCACCACUGGCAUUGUAACCCGCUGGUGGUUGUGACGGACGUUGAAGAGAUGAACAAACUGAAGAUAUCAGUGGCGUCGAAGCACAGAAUGAACUACCAAAACAUGUCGGAGAGAUGGGUCAGGAGAGGGAAUUUACUUGAAGAAAUGAUAAAGAUACUUAAAGAGCUUGACAUUGAAUAUAGGUUGCUGCCUAUGGAUGUGAAUGUGAGAAAUAUGCCCACUUUGGUCUCACAUAGGCUGCCUUCAAACUGGAGUGCUUGUUCUAACUAAGCUUAUAACUCGUCUAGAAGAUUUAAUAAUGUGAGGAAAGGUGUUAACCUCGGGAGCAUCUGCCACAAUAAUCUGUGUUUUCCAGAUAGUAUGGUCCUUUGUGAAAAUAUCUAGAAGCACGUCCGUGACUAAAUAACAAGUGCAUUAUUACUCAAG